CCCCUUACUCUGCACUCAGACUGUGGUAGCCCAAGAAGCCUCGCUGAGCAGAUUCAGCUGCCUGCUGCAUGUGGUGAUGAUAUUUUACCGAAUACUUCUCCUGUUAUCUGUGGCUGUGGGACCUGUAACAGCACAUGGUUCCCAGCGGACAAAAAGAGGGUUACUUGAGCUUGCAGGAGCCAUCAAAUGCAGCACUGGGAGAUCUGCUUUGGCUUACAUGAUGUACGGAUGCUACUGUGGGCUGGGGGGUCAAGGGUGGCCCCGUGACAAGACAGACUGGUGUUGCCACAAGCAUGAUUUCUGUUAUGGAGAUGCCGAACAUCUUGGCUGCCAUACCAAAAUGGCCCAAUAUAAUUGGACGUGUGAGGACAGCAAAGCUGAGUGUGAGGAUUUAGAGGACAAAUGUGAGAAGUUGUUAUGCAAGUGUGACAGAGAGGCAGCCAAGUGUUUGAGAAAAGCACCUUUCAUCCGGAAGUACGCUGUAUGGCCAGACUUCAUGUGUGGCUAUGACAACCCGACGUGCAACAUAUACUGACGCAAUCAAUACAUCUUCGUGUCUUGUGUGCCUUUUUGUAAAAUACCAUAAUAAAUACAUCAAAAAAU